UUGAAGACAAGCAUCUUCUUAGCAAACAUGAAGUCUAUAGUUCUACUCUUCCUGCUGGGUGCCACUGUGUAUGCAGAUGAUGACAAGAUUGUAGGGGGCUACGAAUGCCCAGAACACUCUAAGCCCUGGCAAGUGUCUUUGAAUGCGGGGUACCACUUCUGUGGUGGCUCUUUGAUCAGUGAGGAGUGGGUGCUAUCUGCUGCUCACUGUUAUAAGUCCCGCAUUGAAGUUCGCCUGGGAGAACAUGAUAUCACAUACAGUGAGGGGACAGAGCAGUUCAUCAGUUCGGUGAGAGUGAUUCGUCACCCUAAUUAUAAUCCUUACACCAUUGACAACGACGUCAUGCUCAUCAAGCUUUCGAGAGCAGCUGUGCUGGACGAGAACAUUCAGCCAGUGCAUCUUCCAAGUGAAUGCGCUGCAGCUGGCACUGUUUGCACCGUCUCUGGGUGGGGCGACACUCUCAGCUCAGUGAGUGGAGACCAACUUCAAUGUGUUGAGGUGCCCAUAUUGACUACUGCUGUCUGCCAGAGUUCCUACCCAGGAAUGAUCACCGAGAAUAUGUUCUGUGCUGGUUACCUGGAAGGUGGAAAGGAUUCUUGCCAGGGAGACUCUGGUGGACCUGUUGUCUGCAAUGGGGUUCUUCAAGGUGUAGUUUCCUGGGGAUAUGGCUGUGCUGAGAGAAAUCACCCUGGUGUUUAUGCCAAAGUCUGCAACUACACUGAUUGGAUCCAAAGAACAAUAGCUGCUAAUUAGAUGCUGUCAUUUUCAGAAAGUAAUUUUAUGAUCUGUACCUGCUGCCAAGGCAUGAUAACAGUUUAAUUUCCCCUUUUUGUUGACCACUUUUACAAGCUCGUUUGAUGAGAAAAGAAUAAAAAUAUUUAAAAUAAAA